AACAUCUUUUUAAAGAAAAGAUUAAAAGUUGGUUCAGCAAAACAUAAUGUUAGAUGCAAAUGAGCUGAUGAUAUGCAAACACUGAUCAUCAUAAUUAUGUUUUUUUUUUAUGAAAAACAAUUUUGUUUGCACUAAAUGGCAUUGCUGUGGUUGGAUAUUAAGAAGGGGUAUUAUUGUAAUAACUACAUCAUCACACAGGUUGAUCAGUGAUAUUGAGUGAAGACGGAUUAAGAGUUUAAACUAAAGUUUGCAUUGAUUUAAAUACAAUAAUCUUAUAAGAAACAUCAAGGACAUCUGAAUACAGUAAUCCUGUUGAACCUCGUCUGCAGAUUAAAACUGAGACUGCAGUGUUGGGAUAAGUGGAUAUGAAAUGUUUUCAAGAUCUAAAAGAAACAGCAGGGAACGCCCACCUGAUCUCAGGAUUGCACUGCUGGGUAACUCUGGGUCAGGCAAGAGUGCAUCAGGAAACACCAUCUUAAACAUCAACAGAUUCAGAGAGAAUUAUCCACCUGAUGCUCCCCCUCCAUCAUGUAAGACUGGAACAGCAAAGGUGGAGGGCAGGAACAUUUUAGUGAUUGACACUCCAGGACUGUUUCAAACAUCAAUGGAUGAAGACAAAGUGUUUGCUGAAAUGAAAACAUGUGCCCACCGAUCCUCUCCUGGUCUUCAUGCACUUCUUCUUGUCAUCAGACUGGAUGUGAGACUCACGGAUGAAGAAAGAAACAUCAUGAAAAGGAUUGAAAACUUCUUUGGAGAAGAUGCUUUACGCUACACUUUCAUUCUCUUCACUCAUGCUGAUGAACUUUAUGAUGCACCUUUAGAUGAGUUUAUCAGAGGAAGACCAGAUCUUCAGAGACUAGUUAAGAGCUGUGGUGGUGACAGAUAUCAUGCAUUUAACAAUAUGAACAGACAAAACAGAGAUCAGGUCACAGAGCUCAUACAGAAGAUAAAGAGAAUGAUAUCUAACAACGGAGGACACCACAACACUCCACAGGAGUUUGACAAGAGUGAGAACAGUAGGCUUUACUGGAAAAGGGCAAAAGAAGCAGGUACAGCAGAAAUAGGAAGACAACACAGAGAUCAGGAGGUCACAGAGUGCAUACUGAAGAUAGAGAGAAUGGUUUCAAACAACAAAGAACACCACAACACUCCACAGGAGUUUGAGGAUAGUGAGAACAGUAGGUUUUACAGGAAUAUGGCAAAAGUAUUAAGUGUCAAAGGAAUCGGAAGAUUAAUAGAUUUAGGAGCGAGCGCGGGAGCUGUGGUAGCAGAAACAUUAACUGUUUUAGGUAAAAGUGGUGGUUUCGUUUAAGCAGCAGCAUGAUUAGGCCUAUACAGAAGUACUCGUCAAUCGAGACGUCAUGCCCAUUCAAACUAAAGGGAUACAGGCUCCCGCAAGUUUUCUGAGCCAAAUGGAUUUUGCCUGCAACCUCCAAAUCAAAGAAACAUCCAUUAAUCUGUUACUUGUCUUUUUAUCUGUUUAAUAUGCACAUUAUUAUCAGUUCUGUGACGCAACCUUGUCACUUUUCACAGAUUUGAAAGGGUUUUGAUCAUAUUACAUGUUUCUUUAUUAAUGAGAAAUGCAGACACAACAGCACAGGCGCAAACAUAAUAAGCAUCUGCGCGCAGACGCAGGCUCCUUGCUGCUGCAUUUUGCAAUCUGAAGAAUUAAAACGUUGUCAGAAACGCUCACAACAUUAUGGUAAUGUGUAGUUAACCUCUGCUGUGUAGAGAAUGUAUGGUUUAAAAUGUGACAUUCUCAACGUUAUAUUAGUAGAUUUCUAGAUUCAUCUUGGUACAACACCAGAGUUCAGGGGGUGAGCAGAAUCACAUGCUCACAUAUCCCAUACAUCAAAAAAAAUCUUUGACCAAAAUUAUUUUUUAAAUAUUUUGAAAAUAAUUUGAAAAUAUAUUUAGUUUUAACCUUCAUAUAUAAAUAUAUAUUACAAAAUGUAUUUCAAGGGCAACAAAUUUCAAAUUUUACAACCCAUAUGGCAAAAAAUAUAUUUACCUGGCCAAAAUAUAAAAGCUUGUAUAAAAUGUAUAAGUGUGUAUAAAAUUUAAAAUGAAGUAUAUUUUUGUAUUUUAAUCUUUUCAAACCUGUUAUGUUUAGAGGUUUGUAACAUUUUUCAAUGCAACUUGGAUAUAAAUGCUUUAAAAUAUACUAGUCAACAUUUGAAGGGGAUCAAAAACGUUUAUCAAAGUUGUCCUAAGACAAGAACGAGUAUUAGGUAUUGGUUUUAAGACAACUUUUAGAAAAGGGUUUGAUCCACUUCAAUUGUUGACUAGUGUAUAUUUCUUUUUAAAAUAUAUUUCAGAAUUGGUGAAAAAUACAUUUUUGUAAACAUAUUUUAAAAUAUAUUUCAUUACAUAUAUUUUUUGUAUAUUUUGAAAUAUUCAUUGUUUAUAUACUGAUGUAAAAUUACAUUAAUUUUAUAACAUAACACAGCUGUUGUGCAAAUGCUUUAAUGGCACAAUUAAACAAGCCAAUAAACUGAAAGUAUAUAUAAAUAAACCAUCAGACACAUGAUGACUAAAUGAUUAUGGUUCAUAUGCAGAAAUAGGAGCACUAUUGCUCAUCUGUGGUGAGAGUACAGUAAGCAUGGAGAUGAUUAAUGUAGCCAUAAUGAUGGCAUAUGAUUGCUGCUUAAGGUGCCACGAUGGAUUAGGGCAAGCCAAAUGUUUUUCAGUGCUGGUGUGCCAACCUGAUGAUACAAAAUCGUAUAUAUGUAUGUGUAGACUAUCAUACUCUGUAAAUAGUAUUAUUAAAUAUUAUUAUUAGCACAGAGUUCAGUCAGGUUUUUCUCAAAUAUGUGGAAUCCUUGGCGUUUUAGUACACUAUAGAGUUAAAUUAACACUGCCAGGUGUAUACAUUGUCCCAAUCUUACAGUGUGUUAAAAAGUAACACUAUAGCAAAGUUAAAAUCUGCAAUCUGAAAAUGUAAAUCUUUAUUUGCUUAAUUUAGGUGUUUGCCGUUUCAUUAAAAGUCACCAUUAUGAUGUUCAGUGUUUGUUUUAGUUGACAAUAUAUUCCAGCAUUGUUUUUGCGGUGAACACAUGUAAAUAAGUGAUUGAUUGUGUAGUAUGUCUUUGUGUGUGUAUUUGUUGUUUGGACCGAGAGAGUGUCCCUAAUAAAAGUUUGAUUUGACUUUCA